AUGGACAAAGCAGAGUCGCAAUCAUUUCCAGCCGACGGUGGGCCAAAUCUCCUUGUCUCGAAGCGCGCAGCUUUCGAGGAACCGGAUACCGCCCCCUGUGCUAAAAAAAUCAAAAGUUCUCAGGAUGAUAACACAGACCCAGCUCCUGUUCUGAGAGUUCCUUUUCCAGAAAAGCCUGCAGUUUUGGAAGAGCGGAAUGGCGAUAUCGAAUUCCGAGUUGUCAAUAAUGAUGGCUCCAGAGAGAGUAACAUCAUUCUUACAGGCCUCAAAUGCUUGUUUCAAAAGCAACUUCCGAAAAUGCCUAAGGAUUAUAUAGCCCGUCUCGUCUACGAUCGUUCUCAUUUGGCUAUGGCUAUUAUCAAAAUGCCUCUAGAGGUCAUUGGUGGAAUAUCAUUUCGAGAAUUUCGAGACCGCAAGUUUGCCGAGAUUGUUUUUUGCGCAGUCUCGUCUGACCAGCAAGUAAAAGGAUAUGGAGCUCACCUCAUGGCUCAUUUGAAGGACUAUGUCAAAGCUACUUCGCCAAUAAUGCAUUUUCUCACCUAUGCUGAUAACUACGCCACUGGUUAUUUUCAAAAACAGGGGUUUACCAAAGAUGUCACUCUCGAGAAGUCCGCCUGGAAGGGAUAUAUCAAGGAUUACGAAGGAGGCACGCUUAUGCAGUGCUCCAUGGUUCCCAAAAUACGAUAUCUCGAAGCUGGCCGUAUGCUUCGUAAACAGAAAGAAGCUGUUCUAGCCAAAAUACGCACUUUGAGCAAAAACCACAUUAUCCAUCCACCAUGUCCGCAAUGGGUUAACGGUAUUACUCCAAUUGAUCCAGUCUCUAUCGUUGCCAUUCAGGCAACUGGCUGGUCUCCAGAUAUGGAUGAGCUGGCACGAGAACCGCGGCAUGGGCCCUAUUUCAAUGAAAUGCGACGUUUUUUGAACCAGAUUCAAAAUCAUAAACAAGCAUGGCCAUUCUUAAAUCCAGUCAACAAAGAUGAAGUGCUCGACUAUUACAAUGUCAUUACAUCUCCAAUGGAUCUAUCGACCAUGGAGGAAAGAUUAGAGCAUGAUUUUUAUGCUGCGCCAAAAGAUCUUAUUGGCGAUCUCAAACUAAUUUUUAGUAAUUGUCGGCAGUACAAUGAUGCAACAACGGUAUAUUCCAAGUGUUCAGUCAAACUGGAGAAGUACAUGAGCAAACUUAUCGAGGAGAUUCCAGAAUGGAUUGACUUACUUGAAGAAUGA